CGGGGGUGUGUUUGACGAUGCCGUCCUCGGCCACGAUGUGCUGGCACAGGCCAUGCCAGCCAAAGACCGGGCUUACCUCAAGAAGCUCGGGGACGUGAAGGUGUACGAGGGUGGCAUGGACCUCCUUGUCCAAAGUGCCUUUAUGCUCAUGGAGAGCCAUAAGAGGCAGUACCGGGAGAUAGCUCGUUUGAAGGAGCUGGAGCAGAAGGCUGCCUCGGCCGACGAGGCGGUAGCUUGCCUGGAUCGGCUCCGGGAGGAUGCCAAGGCUUUGCAGCAAAGGGCCGAUGAAGCCGCUGCAGCCAGGGACGAUGCCCUGGCCAAGCUCGAGGAGAGCCAAAGGGCGCUGGAGGCCGAGCGGCGCAAGAACGAGG